UGUAGAUCAGCUGAAGCCAAUUGUGGGUGAUGUGAUGUUUUGGUAUUAUCAUUUUAGUUGUCUUCAUGUUAAUUCUAUUCGACAUAGGGUAGGAUCUGUUCGUUGAUGUAUCUACUGAAUUUUGAGGAUGGCUGAACCACAUAUCACAAACCAACCAUUGAUGAAAAAUACAAAUGUACAAAAUGAUACAGAGGAACCUUAUCCGAGUUUAUCAGAUUUUCAUGAUUAUGAACCUAAUUUAGAAUUUGAUGACACAGAACUACAAACAGCCACUGUUGAUCUUGCACUUGAUGCCAAAGUUGAAGCAUUAGCUGCAAGUUAUGAUUAUCUAGAAUCACCAGUUUCUGAUGGCACUAUAGAGGAAAAUUUUGAAGAGGAAUUGGUUGAUGCACCAACUGGCUAUGAUAGCCUAACAUAUCAAUAUGGUGAUGAUGAUUAUGAUGCUUUUAGUGAUGUUGCAAAAUAUGGUAUUGUUGAAGUUUUUGGGGAUGACACUGCUGGAAGAAGAAUCAUUGUAGUUUCUGCUUGUAAACUACCUCCGAGCAAGGAUUUGGAUCACUCAAAACUUUUGAGGUACCUGAUGUAUACUUUGGAUAAGUUUGUUGAGCAGGAUUAUACUCUAGUUUAUUUCCAUUAUGGCUUAAACAGCAAAAAUAAACCGACCUUAUCAUGGCUUUGGCAAGCUUACAAAGCUUUUGAUAGAAAGUAUAAAAAGAAUUUAAAAGCUUUGUAUUUAGUACAUCCAACCAACUUAAUUAGAGUUGUGUGGCAACUAUUUAAAGCUGUCAUCAGUGUCAAAUUUGGUCGGAAGGUUAUGUAUGUUAACUAUCUCAACGAGCUGGCUGAACACUUAAAUUUAGAACAAAUAACUAUACCAGACCUAGUAAUACAGCAUGAUGAGAGAUUGCUUGCAAAGCUUCGGAAACCUCCUCGGCGGAUGGUGAAGGCUCCUCCUCCUCCUCUUCCCACUCAACAGUUUGGUGUGUCUUUGCAGUUUAUAAAAGACAAUCAUCAAGGUGAAGUGAUACCUCCAAUUGUGAAACAGUGUAUCGAGUAUUUGGAAUGUCCAGAUGCAUUAGAAACAGAAGGGCUGUUUAGACGCUCAGCAAAUGUUGCUGUGGUAAAGGAAUUACAAACUAAAGUUAAUCAAGGUAUACCUAUUGACUUCCAAGGAAAUGCGCACAUAGCUGCUGUCUUGCUCAAGACUUUCCUCCGAGAACUCGAAGAACCUCUGAUGACAUUUGAUUUAUACGAUGAAAUAACACAGUUUCCAAACAUAUCAAAAGACGAAAGACCAAGGCAUGUCAAAAUAUUAAUUUUAGAAAAGCUUCCUGAAGACAACUACAAAAUUUUGAAAUAUAUUAUUCAGUUUUUAGCUAAGGUAAUUGAUAGGUGUGACCUUAACAAAAUGACAUCUUCAAACUUGGCUGUGGUUUUUGGUCCAAAUCUUAUAUGGUGUCAAUCAGGGCAGCUUUCUCUCUCAGCUAUCUCUCCAAUAAACAUGUUUACGGAUUUUGUGCUUGUUAAUCAAGAGCAAAUAUUUAUUAUAUAGUUUUUUGUUCUUGUUAUACUUUGCUGUUUUAAGGGUUUAUCUACGUAACCUUGAGGACAUCAAAAUUAAACACAAGAAAAAUCAAACUUGUUAAUGAAUCAUGUUUUACACUCAUUCCUGAAAAUUAUAAAGUAUUUUAUUUGUAGGAAUCUCAGGGUAUAAAUUUCUGAAGAAAUGUACAAAGAUGCGUGUCUAUAUUCCAUAUUUAUGAACAAUAUUAAAGUUUUAACAAAGUGCUAUUAGUGAAUUAGAUUUAGACAUCUAAAACCAUGAAUGCACAUUUGUCCUAGGUUAAGACAUUUAAUUGCUGUUCUUUCUAAUCAUCAAAUAUUCUUGAUAGUAAUAUGGUGGUAAUGAAUAUUGUUAUACAUUUCUGUUUUGUAUAAAAUUUCAUAUUGGCCUCAUUGUGAUAGUUAAACAAUUAUAUUAUUUAUAUCAAUGUAUACAUAAAUGUUUUCAUGGAAUAUAUAAAAAAUAGUUAUUAUACCAAUUUAAGUAUGCAGGGUUUAGCAGAAUGAAGUGUUACAAUAUGUGGUAAAUAAAUAUGUUUGAUUUUCUACAGAAAGAACAAUCUCUCAUAACUUUAUCUUACAAAUCAUUUAAGAAUUUUUAUUCAUAGCAUAAAAGAAAGUUCUAAAAUCAUAUAUAUGGUUGUGGUAACCUUCAUUCAGUCUAAAAUAACCUGCCUAUGUAAAUAAACCAAAAUCAGUUAGCAGUUUUACAUUAUGUGUAAUAAUAUAGUUUUUUCAACUUAAGGGAACAGGUUUUUAAAGAAAUUUAAAUGGAGUAUUUAGCACUUAAUAUAGUGAGUUAUAAGAUGUAACUUUACUACUUUAAAUUUACUAAUUAAGUUUAUAAAAUAAACAUUUUGAUAAAGUGUAUCUUCAAUGUAAUUAUACAUAUUGUAGUUUAUUUCUCUAUAAAUCUAGAUUAAAAUUGUAUUCAGAUUUUGUUUUAUUUAGAUUUUCUUGUGAUAUAGGCCCUUUUGUAAUGUUUUAAAAGACUGACUCAAUGGUAAUAGCUG